AUGCCACCUGCAGUCAUAACAUAUUUGGAUCAGACUCAUCUCAGGGAUGUUGCUAACACUUCUCAAGAGUUUGAGUGCUUUCCUGCUGAUUGCCACCUUUUGACGUCAAAAAACUCUUCCGAAUAUGCUAAGUUGCUGUCAUCUAGAAAGCAACCUUUAACAGAGAUUAUAUAUUCAGAAGAGAACUAUGUAAAGAGAUUAGCGUUUGUUCAUACUACCUAUAUUAAUGUCCCUAAUCUACUCAGCUCUACUGGACCUACACAUAAUCCAGAUUCAUCCGAGUUUGCUGAAAUGCAUUUGCCAUCUUCUCCUCCUCCCGCAGCUCCUGAAGCUCUUUUGAGCCGAUGGCGCGUCCUCUGGGGUAAUUGGAUUACACUCACGGAAUGGCAUUCGGCAUUUUUGCAAAAGCUUAAGGUGUCACUAGAUAACGAUCCAGAUGAAAUCCCUGAUCUAUUUAUUAGUUCUAGGACGAGGUUAAGGAGUAUGUAUACAAAAUAUUGUGAAAAUCAUAGGAAAGCUGCCUUGCUUGCGACUCAACAUAGGGAUUUUUUUGAAGAAUUGCGCAUAUAUUUUUCCGAUCGUGACGGUAUCCUGUCUCAUUUGAUGCAACCUAUCCAAAGAAUCAUGCGAUAUCAACUUCCCAUGGUAGAAGUUGUAAAAUUGACAGAGCGUGCAAAUCUUUCCUCUCUUCCCAUUUGGCGUCGCGCUCUUGAGUUAAUGAGGGAGAUACCUCGUGACGCUCAACUUAUCCUUGAAGUGAGUCACUUUUAA